AUGGCCAGAGCGCCUGCAGAGCUAUUCAAAGAGAGUGAGAGAAAAGUGCCUCGGGCAGCAGCUAGAAGAAGAGCUGCCCGGACGGCAUCGGUAUCUGUCAAGAUACUGAAAGACUUCUGCAAACAGAGGUGGUGGCAAGAAGCACUGGCAACAUUGAAUAGUUUGGAUCGAUAUGCUUCGAGCGUCGUUAGCGAACAACUCUUGAACUGGGUGUUCGUUGCAUGUGCAAAGGGGCAAGCCUGGGAACAUGCAAUUCGCUUAUUAAGUCACCUCCACCGAGACCAAGUAAGUACGGACGUGAGCUACACAAUGGCCAUCAAAGCUUGCAACAGUGCUUUGCACUGGGAGGUUGGAAUUUUGCUGGUAGCUGACCUCUUGACGGACUCCGUUACUCCGAAUGUAAUUACCUGUAGUGCAGCCAUUGGUAGCUGCAUUGAAGAUCGAUGGCAGCAAUCUUUGGCGUUUUCUGACUGGGCCAAGUGUUCUGCAGAUGUGGUGGUCUUAAAUACGGCCAUCAGCACGUGGUCUAGUCGUUCGUGGUCAAGGGCUCUCAAUGCACUGGUCUCAAUGCCGCAUAGAAGCUUUCAGCCAAACGUGGUGUCCUAUGGAGCGGCGGCCGCAUGUGGGCAUUGGGCAGCAGCCAGUUGGCUUUUUGGCUCAAGUAUUCGACAAGACUUGGGAAGCAGUGUUGCUUGCAGUGCCGCAGUCAGCGCAUGUGAAAAGAGGUCUUUCUGGCAAACAGCUGUCAGUUUGUUGGAGUCUGCCGGGGUGGAAAGUCUCCAGCGCAGCAUUGUUUGCUACAAUGCUGCUUCUAGUGCUUGCGAGAAGGGAAUGAAAUGGCAAGCAACCUUCGCUAUUCUUGCAACUAGGGCACAAUACCACCAACCAAAUGUCAUCACGUACAACGCUGCAAUCAGUGCGGGCAAGCAAACAACCCAGUGGAUUCAGGCGUUGGAGAUGUUUUCCGAGCUUUGUUUUAGGUUCUACCCUGACACGAUCACUUGCAACUCCAUCAUUGCUGCCUGUGACAAAAGGUGGCAGGAAGCAGUGCAUUUGGUGGCCUUUUUGCAUGUCCAACGGCUCGAAGCCAAUGUCGUGACAUUUGGCUCUGCAAUUCAAACAUGUGCCAAGGCCAAGCAUUGGCGGCAAGCUUUGAGUCUGCUGGUAGGGUCUCAACUCUUAAGAGUUCAAAGAGAUCCCGCGAUGUACAACGCGUUGCUGAGAGGCUGCCCAUGGCCAACAGCUUUCCAGGUUCUGGACCAAAUGAGGGCGGAGGCCAUGCAGCCAAGCAUGGUGGUACAUGAUGUCAUCAUGCAAGCUUGCAGUGAUCAAGGACGGCAAGAAGAUGUUUGGCAACUUUUAGUUAGCUCUGCUGCUGAGAGGUCUGCGUUAGAGUAUUUGUGGGGCUUAGCUUUGCUCAGCUGUUCUGAAUCGGAAGUAAUUCGCACGGCUUGUGUUCAAGCAUUGGUCGACUUCAGAAAUAAAGUCUCGAGCGUAACAUCAUCGCGAGGCAGCUUAGACUCAUGCGGAAACUCGGUGUCACUUCAGCCUUUUUCAGCCAAUGAGCUGAGUUGCUUGUGGUGGUCAACUGCAAUGCUUGGUGUGCAGAACCGUCAGUUGGAUUCACUUUUGACAAACCAGACGGUGAGUCAAAUUGACGACUUCGAACUGGAUGAGCUCGUCACAGUCGCUGUUGGCUGUGUAACAAGCUCCCUGCCUUCAGUUGCUCUGUUGGCACAGAAGAGGGUAGAGGUUAUUUUCAAGCAACUUUCUACAGAUAGCUUCAUGCUAACGAAUUUAGGCAUGCAUGUGCUUGGCAUUGUUUUUAGCUGCCAACUUGCCAACUGCCUUGGUGACCGCUUCCUAAGAUCUGUGCAGCAGACUCUUUCCCAAACUGGACGUAUGCUGGACCAACUUGGAAUCUCCAAAGCCCGACCCGGCAAUCGCUGGUUGGGCGCCCCAAUGCCACAACUCGAGGCACAAUUGCCGACGCCAUCGGCACCAGCAAUUUCUAUGGCGCUGACCGAUUGUGCUGUUUUGUUAAAACCACCUGAUUGGGAGGUCUAUGGAGGACAUACUGAGCGACAACUUUUGGGCUUUGUCAAAGACAAGUUAGGUUCUGCACCAAUUUUCUUCGACCACUCGCACUUUUGUGGUUUUCUGCAUCGUUUGGACGUGCCGAGCUCUGGAUUGAUCCUGCUAUCCAUGACAUAUGAAGCCCACUAUGAUCUUCAAGUACAGCUGCAUGCAGGGAAGAUCUGCAGAGAUUAUUGUGUCUUGAGUCAUGGGAUGAUCCCAUCCUCGCGAACAGCAAUUGUUGCGUGUGUUGUUUGGCAUGGGGACAGCCCCACGUACGCUGGCGGCCAAGGACGGACAGCUCGGACACAUCUUUGCACAACCGGAUAUGCCUUUGACUCGGCUUGCCGAAGUUUCAGUCAGCUGGAGGUGCAGAUCGCCACAGGACGGAAGCAUCAAAUCAGGAGUCACUUAGCACAUGUUGGUUUUCCGGUGGUUGGGGAUGGCACAUACGCAAGUUACGACACCUUUUGGUCAGACAGGGCCAUCACUAUGCGUCAUUGGCUUCACCGGCAUCGUUUGACGUUCAGUGCUGCAGGGAAGACUCGAGAAGUUCGAAGUGAUGUUCCUGAUGACUUGGUACAGAGUCUGAAGAGUCUGAAGACUGCUUUUUUUCCCAGUUGGUGCAAGAAAGCGUCACGCAUGCUCAUGCGUGCUCCAACACAUUGAGAGACUCCUGGACGACGUGAC